GCUCCCUGCAGAGUGAGGACUGGACACUGAACAUGGAGAUCUGUGACAUCAUCAAUGAGACUGAGGAAGGGCAGCACUAACUGAAGCGUAACUCUUGGGAAAGGAUUUUCAGCUUAAACCUAACCAGCCUGCCUACUAUCUGAUUGCCCUCCACUCAUAAUCUGGGAAUACCAACAUACUGUCAGCCAGAACUACACCAUCCUCCAGGGUAGUGCCUGUUUUUCUCAUCAUGGACAUCUAAGAAGAGAUGAAAGAGAGCCUGCAGAGAGAGGGUACAGCUUGUCAGCCUGGACAGUGGCCUAAGGAUGCCAUUCGAGCACUAAAGAAGCGGCUCAGCGGGAACCGGAACUACAGAGAAGUGAUGUUGGCUCUGACGGUGCUGGAGACUUGUGUGAAGAACUGUGGCCACCGCUUUCACCUCCUCGUGGCCAACCGAGACUUCAUCGACAGCGUUCUGGUCAAAAUUAUCUCUCCCAAGAAUAACCCUCCCACCAUCGUCCAGGACAAAGUGCUUGCUCUAAUUCAGGCGUGGGCAGAUGCCUUUAGGAGCAGUCCUGACCUCACUGGCGUUGUGCACAUCUAUGAAGAACUGAAGAGGAAGGGAGUUGAAUUUCCCAUGGCAGACUUGGAUGCUCUGUCUCCCAUCCACACACCCCAGCGGAGUGUCCCAGAAAUGGAUCCAGCCGCCACCAUGUCCAGGUCCCAGUCACAGCCCAGGACAAGUACCGGCACUUAUCCCUCACCUUCUCCAGCUUCCUACUCUACUCUGCAGGCCCCGGCUCUGAGUGUGACUGGCCCCAUCACAGCCAAUUCAGAACAGAUUGCUAGGCUGCGCAGUGAGCUGGACAUUGUUCGGGGAAACACAAAAGUCAUGUCUGAGAUGUUAACAGAAAUGGUCCCUGGGCAGGAGGAUUCUUCUGAUUUGGAACUGCUCCAGGAGUUGAACAGGACCUGCCGGGCCAUGCAGCACCGCAUAGUGGAGCUCAUCUCCCGAGUGUCCAAUGAGGAGGUCACCGAGGAGCUGCUGCAUGUCAACGAUGACCUCAACAACGUCUUCCUCCGCUAUGAGAGGUUCGAGAGGUACAGGUCCGGCCGUUCUGUUCAGAAUGCCAGCAAUGGAGUACUGAGCGAAGUAACUGAAGACAACUUAAUAGACCUGGGCCCUGGCUCCCCUGCUGUGGUGAGCCCCAUGGUAGGGAGCACAGCACCCCCAUCUUCUCUCUCCUCCCAACUCGCAGGCUUGGACUUGGGGACAGAGAGUGUCAGUGGCACCCUCAGCUCACUUCAGCAGUGCAAGCCUCAGGAGGGAUUUGACAUGUUUGCCCAGACCAGAGGAAACUCCUUGGCUGAACAGCGAAAGACGGUCACCUACGAGGAUCCCCAGGCCGUUGGAGGACUCGCUUCUGCUCUAGACAAUCGGAAACAGAGCUCAGAAAUGCGGAGAGGGAAAGGUGGGGACUCUGACCUGCAGCCCAUAGACAGCUGGCUCAUGACCCAAGGAAUGAUCCCCGUUGCGCAGCCCUCUGUCAUGGACGACAUUGAGGUGUGGCUCAGGACAGACCUGAAGGGGGACGACCCGGAAGAGGGAGUCACAAGUGAAGAGUUCGAUAAGUUCCUGGAAGAGCGAGCCAAAGCUGCAGAAACAGUUCCAGACCUGCCCUCACCUCCCACAGAGGCUCCUGCACCAGCCUCAAGUACUUCCAACCGGAAGAAGCCAGAGCGGUCUGAGGAUGCACUCUUUGCCCUGUGAGCUGUCCUGUGGUUUACCUUCCCAUGGCAGGUCACUGCUGACUCUCCUGGUGGACACUGGGCACUGGCCACUCCCCAGCCCCUCAGCCUGCACACCUGUAUCCCCAUGGAAAUGCCACUGUUUGCUCCCAGGCCCAGGUCAGGGCCCACUUUGCCACCUGUUCUCUGGGUGGCAACAGCACUGACCAGAGGGCCUGUCCUCCCUCACCCCAAGGGCCCUCUUGGCCUUGGGUCUAACCAGGAAGAAGCAGUGGUCCAGCCCCAGGCAGGGUAGCCCCUUGACACUUUCUGAGCAGAGCUCCUGAAUGGACCCUCUCUCUACCCCUUCUGCUUCCGCCUAGCUCCAUGGCUUCCUUAGGUGAGACACUGCUCCCCAGGACCCCCUUCUUCCAUCAAGGACUCUGGGAAAGCAGGGCUCAAGUAUUUGUAACCACAGGCUUAGUCUCUCUACUUGGACUGUGUGGCACCAGCGUGUUUGUACUUGAGUGGGCUCUGUGGGCUACUCCCUUAAAGAUCCCUCAUGUCCCUGGCCCUUUCUCUGUCAGUCAGCUGCCAGGCCUGGGACCAAGACAGGGACCUGCAGCUCUUGGUCUGAGAACGGCCAAGGGCAGCACGUGCCCUGUGGAUGGUAGACGGCUUACUCUAUGCACGCCCUGCGCGCCCACAUUGGCCCUGAUGUCUGGAGAGGGUUGUUGCUAAAACAACCUGACUUCAAUGUAUCCCGUGACCAGGCUUCGCCUUCAGCGACCUCCACACAGCUACCUCCAGGCCCAGCAGCAGGUAGCUGUGUGCUGUGCGUGGAGGCUCCAGAUGACCAGGAGCCACAUUAGGCUGGAGCCACACUCCAUUCUUCCCUCCUCCCUGACACAGCCUCAGCCUUCAUGGCUGUCCCACUGGACCUGCCACCCAACUCACAUGUCCCCCAGCUGGCAGUUUCAGUCUGAAGACCGACAGCCUGGGUCUGAGCAAGCGAGAGCUGGUGAUGCCUGCUCCUGCCCUUGUUUCCAGUGCUCCCUAGCCCUGGUCUAGCUGCUGUCACCUAGAAAAGGAAGAUGCUACUGCAGCUGUACUGCUGUUUACUCGCAGGCCCCACACAGUUCCACCCACCAUGUGGCCAGCCUUUCCCACCAUUAGGAUGGCCCAAGCGCAAGCCCCAGCAGGGAGAGGAGGCUGGGUUCCACUCGCAGAGGGAUUAGUGCACAGGUUCUGGGCAGCUCUUAGGAUGGGACCGCAGCCCUGGGUGAGAACAGAAAUGGCCUGUCCCAGGACCCCUCGCCCAACCCAACACCUCUCCUUCAGCAGUCUGCAGAAGGUCUGGCUAGGGUUCAUCUGACCUGGAGGAGAUCACGCUAACCUGCUAACUGCCCAGCCCUCUCUGAGCAUCUGCCACACCUCCACACCCCACUCAUACCCUGCCAAGCAGAGCUUCUCCUCAGUGUUUCUUAAGGGCAGAGCACUCUAAGGCUAGCCUGGCUGUUAAGACCUCUGAAGGCUUAUCACACCAGAGGAGGCUGCCCAGUAUACCUGGAAGGUUGGCCUUUGGCACAGUCUAAAGAGCAGGGCCUGUGGGCAGUAGGCAAUCAGGCCAGCAUCUCUGAAUUAAGAGGCUGCCCUCUGCUUGUGGAUGAUGUAGAGGAAGACGGGCCUCCACCAGGGAGAGAGACUGAUGUGGGGGCCUACCUUGGGAGUUCCCAACCUGGUUGUUUCUAGUACCAAUGUCCAGAGCUGUCCCCUAUCUUCCUGACUGCAGCUGCUAGGUAUGGCUUAGAGAGGUCAAGGACUCCCACAAGCUGCCAAGAGAACACCUUUCUGGCUGGGUGGUCUGGUUUAUAGUCUUCAUAUCUUGUCUAGAGGUAGUCUGCCUUAUCUGUGGGCUGAAGUGACAUGUGCCUGGGGCCUUUAUGAGAAGCAAGAUUGGGCCUGGGGGUCCUGAAGGGGUCCAGCUCUGUGGACUGUCCUGUCCUGAGGCCUCUGGUUCCCUACCUACCAUCUGUGGGAAAAAUCCCUAGAAGCUGGGCCCUCUCAAGCCAGCAGCCUCUACAAGUGUUAGAAAUCACAGAUAGAGUAUGUACUUAAUUACACUAAAUUAUUGCCGGGACUCAUAAGCACUAAUUACACCUGAUUAUAGGUUAAAAUAUUUAUUUUGUCAAAAUAUUUUCUUGAGGAUGUGUUUAACCCUUUCUUGUUCAUUGUGCUGAAGUGUUAAGACUGCUUCUUCCUCCUUUUUGGCCAUCAGGCAGCAGUGAAGGAAGGUCACCAGGUGUAUUUUGACCUUGUGAGUUGGGCAGAGACUAACUAUUUACUGUACAUGGGACUUGGGGUUCAGAGCCAAAAGGGCUUCUUGGUAGCUGUGGCCAGAGCUAGCUUCCAUUUUUCCUGUCAGCCCCUCAGUGUGAGUGACUGUGCCUUGGCUCACUGCUCUUGUCCUCCCUACCAGGCCCCUGCUGUCACCUACAGCACUGCUCAGCCCGGAAAGUGGUGGCCGGACCCUAGGUGGCCUGAUGGCAGUGAGUUCCUUAGUUCCACCACAGACUUUCCUGGCCACAGUCCUCUGACGGAUGGCCUCAGAUGGCUCAGGGCACUCUUGGGGCCAGGUCAGCCCGAGGUGGCUGGGAGAGCAGCGUGAGCGUUUGUUCCCGCCUGGCCGAUCCACGGCCUCUCUAUGGUCUGCUGUUGGGAUGGCUGGGGCUUCCCCGUGUGCUCAGCCCCUUGGAGCUCCUCCCUUUGUGGCUCUGGGGUACCCGCCUAGCCCAGUGCCCAUCUCCAGCCCUUCUUGUUCAUGGAGGUCUAGGCUAGGUUCCCCCUAGUCCCCAAGAACAACUGUCAACCCUGUGUUCUGACUGAUCCUGCCAUACUCAUGCCCCAGGCUCUCUGGGAGAGCAGGGGUAGUGUUUCUUCCUAGAGUUUGCACUUCAUUUGUGAGGCUCCUUGGAUCCUCGGCUGCUGAAAAGACGGUAUUGAGUUGUUCUCCUGUCGUCUUAAGAGUCAGAUUCUUGUCACUGUCCUGUUCCUGUGGGUAGAGCUGGUUCUGGAGGGUGGCUCAGUGUGACAACUAGUGUGUCUCCCCACCCCACUGGUUCUGCUUCCAAAUACUGUCUCUCUAAUUUGUGUUCUUGCAUGUAAAGUACGCCACAAUAAAUAGUUGAACCAGCCA